AUGGCCCCAGAUUCCCCCAGAUUUCUUGAUCGACUCUCGCUGAGCCGAAACAAGUCGCCUAUUUUACCCCUUCACACCUCACACGAGCGACGUGCGAACGACUACGAUCUCGACGAGCUAUCUCCAAGACCCGAUGACGCUCUGUUGCCAGGAACGCCGAGAACGCUGGCCAGAAUGUCCAGAAUACGUUCCCCAUCUCCUGCAGAUCCUUGGGAUGACGAUCCAUUGAGUCCGGCUGGCUCCGUCUCGAAAAUGAAACCAAAGGCAAUGUUUACCGGUCCACCUCCACCCAUAGCAGCCUCUAUAUUGGUUCAGCCUGCUUCGCAAGGAAGGCGUGAUUCCCGAGAAGGGUCAAGAUCAAGUCAUAGUGGCCACGAUACUAGGGGGUUGGCAUCCAGCCGCGUUACGUUUGGAAGUAUUCUAUUUGAUCAGAAUUCGCAUACCUCGAGCUUAUCCCGCGUUGACUCGACAUGGCGCAGUCUACAACAUCGUGAGCGAGUGCUUCAGAAAGAGGUGCAGAAUUUGCUCGACAUGCAGGCUACAGGGCUAUCACCUGGCGGCGGACCCCUUGAUGCCUCAAUGUCAACUGGGCUUGACACAUGGAGUGACUCGGGGAGCAGUACACCGACGGGGACAUUUUAUUCUACCGCAACGUCCAAGUCGCGAAUGAUGGCAUCACUAGACACUCCUGUACGCGCAACAGCUCGUGGUGAUAUCAUACCUGUCCGGCAACCCAAGUCUUCCGGUCCACAAGGACUUCGAACUGCGCGAAACGGGCUGCGGCGCUCUUUGGCGGCUUUGACCGACUUGAAAACCGAGGAAAACGACUACAUAGAGUUGGCAGUGUCUCAACGUCAGAAGGCCCUCUCCUACUUGAACAAGCUGGAUACGCGCCAAACGAGCAUCUCAGCGGAGCUUCAUAGCUUAGCAGACGAUAAGGAGGAGCCGCUGGCGAAGGAGCUUCAGGUCCUUGGAGAGCAGCAUUCAUCCUUGGGUCAGGAGAUUCGUGAGCUCGAGGAGAAACUUGUUGGGAUGAGGAACCGUCACCGGUGGCUUGAGCGUAAAAUGGAGGAUGUCCACAAUCGCCGAGAGGCAGGAUUAAGCGGAUACAGAGGUGCACUGAAGGAAGUUGAGGGAGAGGUAGCUUCAUUGCUUCGUCGACCCCCUAUCGAGCCGCUGGACCCGGACGUUGUGGAUGUUGUGUUGCGUGGCGAGCCUGCGACUAUGAGCGACACGAAAGAUCUGCCUGGGGGUGCCGAAUUCUUCCGCAUGAUACCCGCACGACGCACUCUGAGCAUGGCGAGAGACUGGUGGGAAAGUGAACUGGACCUUUUACAGAAGCGAAAGGCACAGGUCGACAAGGAUCGUGAGGCGCUCGAUCAAGGGGCAGCAUUGUGGCAGGAAACAAUCAAUCUCGUCACGACUUUUGAAAAGGACUUGCGUAAAUCGUUAGGCGGCGAUGCCACGUCCAAAGGUAAACAGACUCCACGGACGCAGCAAGAAGCUGCCGAAUCGAUGCUACCUAGGAUGGGCGAGGCCAUCUUGGAACUUGAGGAACAUUUGCGGACUGCAGAGCAGAAUAGCUGGAAUCUCCUAAUCUGCGCAAUAGGAGCCGAGCUCGAAGCAUUUAGGGAAGCUGCGCGCCUGCUCCAGAGCAGUCUUCCACAGCCUAAGGCUCAUGUCGACAGUGUUGAGGAGCCUUGGUCGAAUGGAGACGGUCAAAAGGAACCUGCACAUAAGGAUGUUGUCGAAACGAGUUCAGUAGGAAGCCAUCCCGAAGAGAGUGACAACGAGGUCCCGCCUGAUUUGCUGUUCUCACGCCUAGAAGAGCAUGAGGAGACACACACUGCCAUCGAGAAAACUCUCGCUUCGUCAAGGCGAGAUAGUGACAACGAGGUGCCACCGGAAUUCUUGGCAGAGCACAGCAACGAGAGCAGUCUGGACUGA